GGGCCCUGGUCGCCUGGGAAACCGCGUGACAACAAGAUGGCGGCGCUGCAGGCAGCUCGGCGGCCCUGCGCGGGAGUUCCUGACAGCUAGAAUCUGUAAGCAGAACCAUGAGCUCACCUUUGGCCUCCCUUGGCAAGCCCCGGAGAGUGCCUCUGCAGUCAGAGCCUGUGACUCCUGGGAGGCGAGGGAUAAAAAUCUACGGAAGUGAAGAUGAGGUGGACAUGCUGAAUGACGCACAUGGCUCGGAAGAAAGGACCUCUGUCCCUUCCUGCUAUGGUGGCAUAGGUGCCCCUGUGAGUAGGCAAGUCCCUGUGUUCCACGACUCGGAGCUGAUGGCCACCCUGACCAGGAAGGUGCAGGAUCUGGAGCGGCAGAUGAAGGCCCAGACUGACGAGAUGCUGUCCAAGGAUCGGAAGAUACGGGCCCUGGAAGAAUUGGUGGAGACCCUUCAGGAGCACCAGGGCCAGGGGACCCUGCAGCGGCAGGAGGAGCUGGAGACGAGGUGCGCACAGCUUCAGCGGCAGGUCACGGAGAUGGAGCGGUUUCUCGGUGACUAUGGCCUGCAGUGGGUGGGCGAGCCCAUGGAUCAGGAGGACUCGGAGGACCAGACAGACUCAGAGGAUGGCGAGAGGGACUGGAUGACAGCCAAGAAGUUCUGGAAGCCAGGGGACUCACUGGUACCCCCCGAGGUGGACUUUGACAGGCUGCUGGCCAGCCUGAAGGAUCUACUGGCGAUAGACAGUGAAACCCAGGUGACGCCAGUGCCCGGCAGAGUGAUGCACCAUGGCCUUGAGCCAAUCCCACUGAAGCUGUACCGGAAUGGCAUCGUGAUGUUCGAUGGGCCCUUCCGGCCUUUCUGUGAUCCCUCCACACAGCGCUGCCUCCGAGACAUACUGGAUGGCUUCUUUCCUGCAGAGCUCCAGCAGCUGUACCCUGAUGGGGUCCCCUUUAAGGUGAGUGACCUGCGCAACCAGGUCUACCCAGAGAAUGGGCUGGACCUGUUCCCAGGCGAGGGCCGUGUGGUAGGCUGGCAGAGGAUUCGAAAGCCCUCGGACAAGAUGGAGCACCCAGGCUCCAGGAUGACUGCUGAGAAGUUUCUGAAUAGGCUCCCCAAGUGUGUGAUCCGACAAGGCGAGGUGAUUGACGUCCGAGGCCCCAUCCGGGACACCUUGCAGAACAUCCACCCCCCCUCCGCUUUGGCUCUUUGGUCUCAUCCAUCCCAGAACUGCUGCCCAUUGCCUGCCCGGAUCCAGGAGAUUGUGGUGGAGACACCUGCCUUGGCUGCUGAGCGUGAGAGGAGCCAGGAGUCGCCGGAGUCGCCAGUGCCCCGGCUCUCCAUGCUGCGCAUCAAGUCUGAGAAUGGUGAGCAGGCCUUCCUGCUGCUGAUGCGGCCCGAAGACACUGUUGGCGACUUACGUGCCCUGCUUGCACAGGCCAGGGCCGUGGAUGCCGCCACCUUUGAAAUUUUCAGCACGUUUCCGCCCACAGUCUACCACGACGACGCUCUCACACUGCAGGCCGCGGGCCUGGUGCCCAACGCUGCGCUGCUGCUUCGGGCGCGCCAGGCCCCGCUGCCCGCCCCUGACCCCGAAUAAAGUGCCCGCCCCUAC